GUAACUAUUUUCUGACAAGUCUUAUAAGUACAGCCGUAGCGUAGAAGAUCUUCCUUGUUGUCCUCGCAGUGUUUGAUUCUAACAUUGUGUCUACAUCGGAUGCGACCAUUGACGCGUCACAUCACACCAUGCCGCAACAGCUAAAAGCUGCCUACACUGGAUGUGACAAAGCAACCAUUGCAAAACCAUUUGUCCUUCCUAUGAGAAGUAUCGCGAGUGCUUGGAGAACAAGCUAUCAGUUUACUGUCGGAGAUUUGUGUAGACAUCCAGUUUAGACAACAUCACUGAUUAUAAUGGGUUCUAUUAUCUUUUGUCGCAUCGCAUCGCUCCGCUCGUGUCUGGUGUAGACACAACGUAAGCAAAGUUUGGGAUGGAAACAGAUGCAAAAGUCUACCAAAACCAAAUUGACAGAAGCUAAUUUCAUGGCCCUGAGUCAGCAUUAUUUUUUUGGACAGACUUUGAUUUCCGUGUUAUGGAGAAGAUAUUGAAGCUCUUAUGGGGAGAGUGAUUAUGAUUAAAAAUUGAUGGUAGUUUUUAGGGGUGUAACGAUACAUGUAUUUGUCCUGAACCGUACAGUACGGACGUCAUGGUUCGGUUUAUUCAGUUAGACGACGAAUACAGUCAGUCACAGGCGAUCCACACUCCAAUCCAGAAGGGGGCGCUCACGGUAAUGCAACGCUGUUUGCUAACCGCCACAACAGGAGAAAGUGCAAAACAAGAAGAACAGACUAUCUAGAUUUGUGUAAUCUAUCAACCAGUGUUUCAGCUGAGGAAAGACACCAAUAAAACAGUUUGAGAAUCAUAUCUCAUGUAGCAUUACAUUUACCUCAGGCAAGUCAUUUAGUGUCCACAGCAUGUUAGUUCACUAGAGAAAUGAACUCUAGAGGGAGCAUUUCACACAAUAUAUGCACUAUAUUAGCUUAUAUAUGCACUAUAUUACCUGUUAGUAAUGUCUUAUUUAAUAUAUGUUUAAAUAAAUUUGUCAUGAAAACAAGUUAUGACAGUAACUGUGUAAAUGAUUAUAUUUCAAAAAUGAAUUGGAGUAACAAUUUUAUAAUUACAUUUAGAAGUUAACGCAAAACCUGCCUUAUGUGCAAUUUACUUGUUUUUUGAGUGUUGAUUAUUAUAUCUAAAAAUCAAUAGCAACUGAAUUGAAUAGUUUGGGCUCUGUUGUUAAUUGUAACCUGUAAUAUUACAGUAAUGUGCAAGAAAGAGCUCCCUGUAUAUAGUUUACAGCAUUAGCUGAGAUAGAUGAUUAAGAAAAUGUUAAUUAUAAUUGAUUUUAUUCAAAGAGAGAGACACAAUUUGUUCAAUAAAUUACAGUUUAAUAAAAAAGAAGAAAAAAUAAGCAAUUUUAUGUUUAGUUUUCUUCCCCCUGCUGUAGGCUACCGAACCCGUACCGAACCGUGUCUUCAAUACCGAGAUAUGCCACGGCAGUUCCCGAAGAUUGCUCUGAGUGAUGUGGAUGAGGAAGUUCGUAUGCUGGCGGAGAAGGUGUAUGCCUCGGCACUAAAGGAAGAGGACACAAAAGAUGUCCUGUCCAUGUACACUGUCCCUGAGGACUGUCCCAUUGGCCUGCAGGAAGCCAAACAGAGGGAGCUGCUCAGAGAACUGGCUGAGCAACAGUCAGAAGAAAGUGCCAAACGGAAGAAGAGUUUUAAGAUUAUUCGAUCUCAGUCUAUGUCACUGCAAAUCCCAUUAAGUACGGAGACUGUCCGGGGUGUGGUGACCCCCCUCAUUUCCCCUUCCUCUACCUGCUCCUCCAUCUCACAAAAUUUCCCGGAGUAUCAAAGAGUCAUCAUUAGCGGAGACUACUGUGCUGGGAUUACAGUUGAGGAUUAUGAGCAAGCAGCUAAAAGUCUGCUGAAAGCUCUCUUUAUUCGAGAGAAAUACUCAAAACUGGCAUAUCACCGGUUCCCACGGACCACUGCACAGUUCCUACGUAUCGCAGCAAAUGAAAGGUGGACAGAAGAAGAUGAAACCCUUCCAGAUAUCUGUCCCUGCCCUGGUGAGGGAGAGGACCCUUACAGUAUGGAGAAUAUUCCAGAGAACCUCAAUUAUCAGAUGAAGAUGAAAGAUGGCAUUAUUUAUGUUUAUGAAAACGAUGAAGCUCUGAGUAUGGACAAACCACGCUGUCUGCCUUAUCCAGACCUGGAAACAUUUGCCAUUGACAUGAGUCAUGUGCUCGCCAUGAUCGCUGAUGGGCCUACUAAGACCUACUGCCAUAGACGACUAAACUUCCUUGAGUCAAAGUUUUACCUACAUGAAAUGCUCAACGAAAUGGCCGAACUAAAAGAACUCAAGGGUGUUCCACAUAGAGAUUUCUACAAUGUCAGAAAGGUAGACACGCAUAUUCAUGCAGCAGCAUGUAUGAGCCAGAAACACCUGCUUGAUUUCAUCCAAACCACCAAUAAAACUGAUGCAGACAGAGUCGUCCUGGAGAAGGCAGGGCUUAAACUAACUCUCAAACAGGUGUUUGAGAACCUGAACAUGGACCCUUAUGAUCUUACUGUAGACUCCUUAGAUGUUCAUGCCGGCAGACAAACCUUUCAUCGCUUUGACAAAUUCAACUCCAAGUACAAUCCAGUAGGAGCAAGUGAGCUAAGGGAAAUCUACUUGAAGACUGACAAUUACAUCAAAGGAGAGUAUUUCGCCCGCUUGGUCAAGGAAGUAGCCCAUGAUCUGGAGGAGAGCAAAUAUCAGCAUGCCGAACCACGACUGUCCAUCUAUGGUCGUUCCCCUGAGGAAUGGGAAAGUCUCUCCCAUUGGUUUAUUCAGCACAAAGUGUACUCUCCAAACAUGCGCUGGAUCAUUCAGGUGCCCAGAAUAUAUGACAUUUUCAAGUCACGUAAGUUGAUUCCUAAUUUUGCCAAGAUGCUUGAGAACAUUUUCCUUCCUCUAUUUGAGGCUACAGUGAAUCCUCAGGACCACAAAGAGCUCCAUGUAUUUCUAAAAUAUGUGACUGGCUUUGACAGUGUGGAUGAUGAAUCCAAGCAUAGCGAUCACAUGUUCUCUUAUAAGAGCCCCAAGCCUGAGCAAUGGACAACAGAUGACAAUCCACCCUACAGCUACUACCUCUUCCACAUGUAUGCCAACAUCAUGGUCCUCAACAACCUCAGGAAGGAACGUGGUCUUAGUACCUUUCAGUUCCGUCCACACUGUGGAGAAGCUGGUUCUAUCACCCACCUGGUUUCAGCUUUCCUCACUGCAGACAACAUCUCUCAUGGCUUAAACCUGAAAAAGAGUCCUGUGCUGCAGUACCUGUAUUAUCUUGCCCAAGUGCCCAUUGCUAUGUCUCCUCUGAGUAACAACAGUCUGUUCCUGGAAUACUCCAAGAACCCACUGCGAGAGUUCCUACACAAAGGCCUGUGUGUUUCCCUCUCCACUGACGACCCUAUGCAGUUCCACUACACCAAGGAGGCUUUAAUGGAGGAGUAUGCUAUUGCAGCCCAACUGUGGAAGUUGAGCACAUGUGACGUGUGUGAGAUCGCCAGGAAUAGCGUCCUUCAGAGUGGCCUUUCCCAUGAGGAGAAAAAGUACUUCCUUGGGGUCAAUUACCUGAAAGACGGGCCAGAGGGGAAUGACAUUCGGCGGACAAAUGUAGCCCAGAUCCGCAUGGCCUACAGACAUGAUACAAUGUGUAAUGAACUCAGCUUCCUCGUAGAUGCUGUAAAGUCAGAGGUCGUUGGGUCUCAGUAGCUGUCCAGUACGUCUCUGCUAAGCCCUCUGUGCCCAUAUACUGUACAUGCAUGGUUGCUAUUUUUAUAUAUAGUAGGAAUUAAUGCACAGGGAUCCAAAUGUAAUUAUUAUUAUUAUCUAGUCUUGCUCCGCUUCUCAUGUUUCUAAUACCCAGCCUUCUCGUAAACACCGCUGUCUGCCUAUGCAAUGACUUGAAAUGGGCGUUUCAAAAAGGGUUUGGCAUACUUGACAUUACAUUACAUGGGCAGUGUCUCCCCCCUGUGGAGAUUUGUGAAGUAUAUCCUCAAUACAUGAAUAAGUGCAAUUGGAAAUAGCCUAGUUGUCAGGCAGACACUGAGAUGCUUCUGUGGCAAAAAAUUGUCCCCUGCUCUGCAAAACCAAAUAUAUAUUAUAUACUACUACAGUUAAAUUCCUGUAAAUUCUCCACUGUCCUGUCAGUAAUAGAAACAUGUAAGUAAAGGUACACUAUGUAACUUUUUUUUUGUUACAAAUUAGCAAAAAAAAAUCCUUCUUCCAAAAUGUGUUUUUGUCUUACCCUGAUUCACUAGAUCAGGCAUGAUGUUUUUCGCGGGAAAUUGCACAUAUAUGUCACUUGCCUGUGCGUGUGUUAUCAUAUACAUUAAUAGAGAACUUUGACGCGUAUAUGGAGUGACAUAGGUUAGUAAGUGGGAAAGGUUGACAUGGAGAUGCUAAAUCUCGAUCCUCCGGGAAUUAUCCGUUUUAAAAACGCCAAACUGAGGAGAGUCUGCUUGCAAAAAGAGACACGACAGAGCUCGUAAUAAAACAAGAAUCAACACUGGCUUGGCUUUUCAGUGAUGGUGAGAACUGAAAGAUUUGAAAUGUUGUAAAAGUGAUGCGGAGAUGGCGUUUUUAUUACUCGACAGGUACGAUAUUUUAUUGAACAAGCAGAGUUUAUUGUGAAGUAUUAUGCAUCCGCAGUCACGCAGAGCCAAAGCACAACCAAAACAAUGUUCUUCUGCAAAAUGCAUGCAGUUUUGUUUUUUUAACCACUAGAGGGCCAAAAGUUACAUAGUGUACCUUCACUGUAAACCCUAAUGCUUAAAAAACUUAAUUGGUUUGAGUAGGACAAACUUAAAUUGAACAAAUUAGUUCAGUUAAAUUAACUGCUAUGAGUAUUAAGAACUUUCUUUUUCUUUUGAGUUCACAACACUGACAUAUUUCAAGUAAACUGAACUGUUUCAUUGUUUUGAGUUGUAUGAACUCAUUUCUUUUAAUUUAGACUAACUUAAGUUUAACUGAAACUGGACUGGGAUUUCUAUUUCCCAGCAUGCUUUGCCCAUGGCACUCGAAAGGGAGAGUAAAUGCUAAAAUUGAGUGUUAUAUAAUGUUUUUUUGCACAAGAUUAAUGGUAAGGGAGAUUAAGUAGUGAUUAAUGUUUUGUUAUGCUAAUUUAGAAGAGUUUCUGUUAAUGUGGGUUUUUGGAGAGUUUCCAUCAUGGUGACAAGUAGCGCAUGCAGCUUGGUUUGAGAGCAGGUAAAUUACAUGUUUUAAGUUGCUGUACUCAUUCAGUAAGUGCUAUACCAUGCUAUUGUUAGCAUGUUAGCAAAUUAGCAAGUUGGCAUUUUUUUGUGUAUUUUCUUAGGGUUUACAUUGAAGUAAAUAACUCAUUUGAUUUGCAAGAACUCAAAAUAAAAAAGUUAACUAACUAAAUAUUUUAUGUAAAUUGCUAUCAAAAUGUAUGAGUUAGCUAACUCAGUACUUCAAGUUAUGAGCAAUUAACAUGAAUGACUACUGCAAACUCAAAACUGGAUAGUUCUGCUUACUUAAAAUUGGGAACAUCAUAACUCAAAAAAAUGUAUGUAACUGAUUACCUCAAAUUUUUUGAGUUAGCCCAACUUAUUCGGGUUUACAGUGUUUGAAUGAAGAAAAAAAAACAUCACAAAAACAUGGUUGUCGUUUUAAUUAAUGCAGCAAAUAAUGUUUGUAAAGAGCGAAACAUAGUGCACUGUUUGAAUUUACUUCUUUUGAGAAUAUUUUUUAAUGUGUGAAACACUGUUUAGUUUUAUUUAAUGCAGUGCCUGUAGUGUAUGUUUUUUUGAGGCCAGCAUAUUUCUUCCUUUUAAUUAACUUAGAUCAAUAUGCAGAUGUAACAACCAGUUAAAAAUAUAUAUUUUUUCUUUUUAUGUUUCAAUUUUAUAAAUCGCUACAAAAUUAUUUAGUAAAUAAUUACUCCAGUAUUUUCUAUGUGUGCUUUUCAUUUAUGUUCUACUUUUUAUGUAAUGUUUUUUUUUCCAUUUAAAGAGUAUAUAUAUAUAUAUACGGCACAAGUGUGUAAAUACAUAAGAAAAAACAAUGGAAUGUCUUUAAAAUCCCUCUUUUGUACAGAACUACUUCCUUCCGCCAUGGAUUCAUAUCAAGUAUAAUAUCAAGUUGACAGUUUAACAGUUCAGCCCAAGCCUCCGUUACUAAUUCUAAAACGUCACUUUAGAGCUAGUAACGAAGGAACGUUGAGUCGCUUCAUUUAAGCUUAUUGUAUUAUGUAGAGCAGAGGUCUUCAUCCCUGCUCCUGGGGACCCAAUGUCCUGCAAAAUUUAUUUCCAACCUGCUUCAGCACACCUGCCUGUGAUUUUCAAGCUAUCCUGAAGAGCUUGAUUAGCUGGUUCAGGUGUGUGUUUGAUUAGGGUUGGAGCUAAACUCUGCAGGACAGUGGGUCCCCAGGAGCAGGGCUGAAGACCUCUGAUGUAGAGUAUUAUGGUAUUAUGAGAGAGAGAUCAACUAAACGAGUGUAUUACCUUCAUCUGAUAUAGCAUUCAUUCUUCAGGUUGAUGUCCAUAAUAUUGUAUUCAUUAUAAAAAAAUUUUGUUUGAACGUCCACUGAGGAAAGCGA